AUGCGUCAUUUCGAUGCCUGGCUCCUUCGUGACCCUUACUCCAUCUGGCAUUACUACUCCACCGGUCGACGAUGGCAGGAAACCGUUCGCGAUCUCAUCCAGGAUCGUAAGAUCUGUGCGCCUCCAGUCCAACUGCCCCCACCCUCCAAUCCCAUCGAUCCUUAUGCCCGUCCCAUCAACCCUCAAGACGAAAGCAUGUUGCUACGCCAUCUGCCCCCCGAAGUCCGCCUCAUCAUCUACAACUAUGUCUUUGGCGAUGAGGCCGUCCACCUCGUCCAGAUCAAGGAUAAAAUCCGCCAUGUUCGGUGCUGUCAUUCUGCUUCCUCGCUCGACUCCAACCGACACUGUUGUCCUGCUACUCCGGCUCGAUGGCGCAUCGCUGACCACACUACCGACCGCAUGCUCUACCCUCACACGCAUGCCGCUCUCCCUGAGCUGCUGAGCAAUUCGUCGCUUGCUCUCCUGCGUACUUGUCGUGGUAUCUACGUCGAAGCUGCUGAUCUACCUUACUCCAACCCCGUCUUUGACGUCGACGACCUACACACCUUCAUCGCCUUCUCGCUGUCCAUUUCCCCUGACCAUCUGCGCGCCAUCAAACGACUAACCGUCCAAUGGAUGCCCAUCUGGCAACCCAUGGCUGGCGAAGAACACAAGUCCUCCAUCUUCUCACACACUCACAAUGACCGGCUUUGGGCGCUCUUCUGGACUCGUGUUGCGGCUCUCGACGGCCUGGAAGAGUUACGGCUUAGUCUUGACCUUGGCCGUUUCAGUGGGAACACCAUUGGGGGCCUGAUUGAUGGGAAAAAGCGUCUGAGGCUGGCGAUUGAUGAGCCCUGGGUUCGUCCGUUGUUGGGGGUUCGGGGCUUGCAUUCGUUCGAUUUGGGGAUUACGGCCCGUUGUGAUGCCUAUGCGAAGGGUUUGCUCGAGGACAAUCUGCGACGAGAUGCGGCCUCUUUGCGUGAUAACCUGCGUGCCAUUCUUUGCUCGUCUCCUGGUGAUGCUGUGCCUAUUCCCGGGUUGCGGUUGAGUAUGCCGUGUUCCAUGGAAAUUGAGGAUCAGCCAGAUCGGAAGGUGAGACCUCGACUUGCCAUCACAGCUGCUUGACCAAGAUUAGACGUCAUAUCGAUGAAUUCAGGCUAGCCCGUGCUACGAAAUUAACGGUGUUUCCCCAUCAUGAUACCCUGA